AUGGCCGACUAUUUAUCUCCUUUGACGGACAAUUCCGUCGCCGCCGCCGUGCAGGAUGCAUACAACCUAUUCUCGGAUCGGAGGGCCGCGCUCGGCCUGUCCAACCCAGGAACAUUGGAUAACAUCGCUAGGGAGGUGCAGAAGGAUGUUCUACUGUCCAACUUCAUGUUCUCGGGUCUCCGGGCAGACUUGACCAAGGUCUUUGGCAUGUCUCCGCUGUUCCGCGUGUCGCACGCCUUCUCCAUGGGCUCGUCCGGGAACUUGCCUCCGUAUGCAUUCUCGGCCAUGUAUGGAAGCCCGAAGGUCUUCAUGCAAGGUAACUUCGGAAGCGAUGGUGCUCUCGCCGCUGUUGGCAACUAUCGUUGGACUCCCAAGUUGGUCACCAAGACCAACACCCAGAUCAUGGCCGGCGCGAGCCAGGGUCUGAUGCAGAUCGACAACGACUACACUGGUGACGAUUUUUCGGCAUCGAUCAAGGCCUUCAACCCGUCUUGCCUGGAAGGUGGCCUCACUGGUAUCUUCGUGGGAAGCUACCUUCAGUCCAUCACCCCCAGCUUGGCUCUUGGUUUCGAGGCUAUCUGGCAGCGUCAGGGUAUGAACACUCGUCCGGAGACUGCUCUUUCCUACAGUGCGCGUUACAAGACCAGCGAUUGGAUCGCCAGUGCUCAGCUGCAGGCCCAGGGUGUCCUCUCUGCCUCCUACUGGCGGAAGCUUGGUGAACGCGUUGAGGCUGGUGUCGAUAUGAACCUCCAGUUUGCUCCUAACGCUGCCGCUGUCAUGAUGGGUGGACCUAGCAAGGAUGGCACUACUUCCAUCGGUGCUAAGUACGACUUCCGUGCUUCCACCUUCCGUGCCCAGGUCGACAGCGCCGGAAAGGUCAGCUGUCUCCUUGAGAAGCGGAUAGCGAUGCCCUUGGCUCUCACUUUUGCGGGCGAGAUUGAUCAGGCCAAGCAAACGGCGAAGCUCGGUCUCGCUGUCUCGCUUGAGAUCGCCGGUGAAGAAUUGAUGGAACAGCAGGACAAGCUCGAAGCCCAGGGCAACAUGAUCCCUCCUCCGUUCUAA